AUGGCAGAAUUUGCGGACAACACAGAAGCCAUUAUCAUCAGAAUCGAACACAAGUCCCGCAAGAUCGAGAGCUUACUCAAACAGUACAAACCAGUGGAAGCUUUGAAGACAGCUCUUGAAGGGUCCCCGCCUAUGACCAAAGACGAGCGCUGUAAGUCUGCAAAUUGGAUAGUGGUGCACAGGGCAAUAAUGGCAAUAAAAGAUGUUGAUAGUUUGUUCUCAGCUCUUGACCCCGAGUACUAUGAUGUUCUCAUGAAGUACUUAUAUAGAGGUUUAUCGACUGGAGAUCGGCCCACCUGUGAUCAGUGCUUAAGAAUUCAUGAGAAACUGACAGAGAGAGCUGGAUUAGGUUGCAUAUUACGCUCGUUAGCCGACAAAGUUAACACUGUUUAG